AUGUCCCUGAUGACCAGUGCGGACAAAGGUCAAGGACUACAACAGAUUAUUGCAGGUGUGUUAAAGGAUGAGGCCGAAGUUAUUUAUAAGGGGCACCAAGAAACUAUAGAAAUAAGAGAUAUUGAUGAUGAAACCUCAAAAAUUGAUAUCCAGAUAGCACUACAAAAAGCAACCGGAGGAGCCUGCAACACAUCAGCAGAAGCAAUUAGGAUUCGUAAGGCAUAUAGAGGUACCCAGAUUGCUACUGUAGCUCUUGCAGCGGCAGUUGUACACGAUCUGCUCAAAGCAAGUAGCAAAAUACGAAUUGGAUGGGUCAACUGUCGAAUUAAAAUCAUCAAGAAACCAAUUCGAUGCUUUAAAUGCUGGCUAUUCGGACAUUAUGAAUCACAGUGCAAGAGCGAAGUGAAUCGGACCAAUCUAUGCAUUAGAUGUGGACAAGAAAGUCACAAAAUAGCCAACUGUGUAAAUGCAGCAAAAUGUGCACUGUGCGCUGAAAACGGAAACUCUGAAAAUGUAGCACAUCAUGCCGGCACUGACAGAUGUCCUGUAUAUAGGGAGGCCAUAGAGAAAAUAAUAAACGCAAAAGCAUGA